AUGUUCAGGAAACUUUGCUCGUUCACUUCCCAAAUCGUUCGCCCCCGCGCCCUCUCCCUAUCCUCAAGAUUAGAAAGUCUAUCCGAAUUUUUUGAUUCUCCCCAAAACUGGGGCGUGGUGUCGGUCAAAUCUGGUCGACCCUGGAGAGUUGAUGAGCUAAGACGCAAGAGUGCAUCCGACUUGCACAAAUUAUGGUAUAUUCUACUAAAAGAACGAAACAUGUUAAUGACAAUGGAGGAGGAACACUGGCGUCGGCUGGAGCGUAUGCCUAAUCCGGAGCGUUUCGAGAAGAAACAGCUACGUGCUCAGCGUGAAGCCGCCCGGCUCCGACGCUUUGAGCGUCAACAGGCCUGGCGUCGGCGCGUCAUGAACAUCUCCGAUGAGGAUACUUUUGAGCGACCACAGGCGACUCUUGCAAAAACAAAUUAA